AUUGAUAUAAAACGUUCUUAGGUAGCCGAGGCACGUUUAUGAACAUCACUUUUCAACCAAGCCAGCAAAAUUUAAGUACAACCAAUUCUCCAAAAUUUCAUAUACUGAAAUGAACUUGAAUUAAAGUCAAUUACAAAGAAAUUUGCUGGAAACAAUAAUGGAAAAUCGGGAAGAUUUGAAAUCAAUUCUACCAUAUCUUCCAUUGAAGCUUGAAUCAUCCCAUCUAGUAUGGCCAAACCCAGUUAUUGAAGCUCUGAAAUCGCUUUCAAAGGGCCCCAGUCAUAGCCGAGUUGACUCAGGAGAAGUUCUCUUUCUCGCCAUUUCUGAUCUUAGGAACUCUCUUUCUCUAUCUCCUCACCUUUUGGCUUCCUCUGCUGCUGAUGGUUAUGCCCUUUUCUUUGAUGAGUUUUUGUCAAGGGCUGAAGCAGCAAAAUGGUUUGGGGAGGUUGUCCCUGUGAUGGCUGAUUUGUUACUAAGAUUUCCUACUCUUUUAGAAUCUCAUUAUCAGUAUGCAGACAUUAUUAUGGUUGGACUUGAAACAGGCCUUCGCUUACUGGAUUCACAACAACCAGGCAUUGUGUUCCUUAGUCAGGAGCUUAUUGCUGCUCUGCUAUCAUGCUCCUUCUUUUGCUUGUUUCCAAGUGCCAAUAGAGGUGCCAACCAUUUACCAGUGAUCAACUUUGAUAGACUAUUUGCGAUGUUGUAUGAAAAAUACAAUGAAAAUCAAGAGCACAAAAUCAAAUGCAUUGUUCAUUACUUUGAGAGGAUACAUUCAUGUUUACCGACGGGCUUUGUUUCAUUUGAAAGGAAAGUUCUUCCUCUGGAGCAUAAUUUACCUCUUGUUUCUUAUCCCACUGCUGAUUUCUGGGCCAACUCUAUAGCUCCCCUCUGCUUGUUUGAGAUCUUCCCUUCAGGCUUGAUAGAAGACCAGUCGAGAGGAGCUCUGGAAGUCGAUUUCGCAAACAAGAAGCUUGGUGGUGGUGCUUUAUCCAAGGGUUGUGUUCAGGAGGAGAUUCGUUUCAUGAUCAAUCCUGAAUUGAUUGCUGGCAUACUGUUUUUGCCUUCCAUGUCAGACAAUGAGGCGAUAGAGAUUGUGGGUACGGAACGUUUCUCAAACUACUCAGGAUAUGCCUCAACAUUCCGUUAUGCUGGCAACCAUGUGGACUUGAGAGAAGUAGAUUCUUUGGGAAGACGUACAACAAAAAUUGUUGCAAUAGAUGCAUUGUCUCGCCCUGGAUUGAGACAAUACAGAGCUGAUUGCCUCUUGAGAGAGGUUAACAAGGCAUUCUGUGGUUUUCUGGAUCAACCUAAAGAUCAGCAGUAUCAGAUCCCGUUGCAAUGUUAUGACUCUUGUGAAGCUCGUCCUGCUAAUGAUUUUAUGGACGCCAACAUUUCUAAAAUUCAAGCAACUUUAAUUGAAGGCUCUGGGACCUCAAUGGACACUGAUGAAGCAGAAGCCACUCAGAGUGUGGACAGUAAGCUGCAAGUUCAUCAUAGCGAUGUUGGGAUUGCUACUGGAAACUGGGGCUGUGGUGCUUUUGGUGGAGAUCCUGAAGUUAAGACUGUAAUACAGUGGUUAGCUGCAUCUCAGGCCUUGAGACCUUUCAUUUUAUAUUACACGUUUGAAUUGGAUGCAUUGCAAAAUUUGGAUCAGGUGUGUAAUUGGAUUCUGUCCCAUAAUUGGACUGUUGGAGACCUAUGGAACAUGUUGGCCGAUUAUUCUUCUAAACGUGCAAAGGGAGAAACUAAGCUAGGUUUCUUUUCUUGGCUGCUUCCAUCAGUGUAGGCUAUGUAACUGUAUUCAUGGCAGACAAGUUUCAUGUCAUGUAACAUACUUGGUCAUUUGUUUAUUUCCCCCAUGUAAAUAGAACCACAGUUUGAGUUUGCUAAAGCAUUUGAGCUCUUGAUUCAGCUACUGGAUAUAAACAGACUUUCUAAAGCAUUUAAUCAUAUCAGGAUAGUAUAAUCAUCAGUGAAUCUUGCCGAUUGUAGAUUGAGAGGAAGUGUAUAAUGCUUUGCUGCCCAGUAAUAACAGCAAGAUGUUGCUGAGAUACGGCUCGUCUUACAAACAGUUUCUACAAUGGACCUAGGAGCUUACGAGUUAAAACCACGCUGCUGCAUUCUCUGCAUAUAGUACUAAUCACCCCUCCUGAGAAACUCAGCUUACUUUUUCACUUUGAAGUAAGCUAAAAUAGCACCAAUACAUGGAAUUCCAAGAGGCAGAGGCUGCUGCAAUCUGAUGUUGCCUCUCUCUUCACCAGAGUUCUAUCGACUUUCAGAACAAUGCAUCAUUGUAAAUAUAUGGCUAGCAUUUUGAUUUCCUCAAUUUUUCAUCAUGUCAUGUUUUUUUUUUUUUUUUUUUUUUUUGAACGGCAUCAUGUCAUGUUGUUGAGUUAUCUUGAUUAUAUGUAUUUUUCUUUAAGAUAUGCUUUUCCUUUCCUUAUGCUUUGUAAAGUGGCAAUACCUAAGGCAAAAAACUGUUUGAUUCGGGUAUACGCAAUGCCAAAGUGAAUACCAAAAUAAAUAAAUAAAUAAAUUUGUCU